UUUAGGUAUAUGUAAGGUGGGAGGAGUUGGAUCUGGAUCCAACCACGCCUCCGGACACCCCCAAAAAGCGACGCUCUGUAGGCGACCCGCACCGUUUAGUUUGCUUGUAAUGAACCGGUAGAGUUGCGUUGUGGAAUAGGAGUGUUUGUGGGGCGUCUGACAGUGUUUACGUGAGAUAAAACCCGUCUACGCGAUGAUCCCGAACCAGCAGGAGCGCUGAGUCAGACGAAACUAACCGGGAACAGGCGAAUUUGAAACUUUUUUUUCGAAACUUUCCUUCUCUCUCUCUCAGAUUUGGAAUCAGAUCAUUCCAAAAACACACGCGCAGUUGACUUUGGUGUCAUUUUACGCGUUAACCGGAGGGACUUUGGAUAAGAGCGCGCGGUGAUCUCCGGGAUGUUUUUACGUGUGUUUGAACGGUCCUUUUCGGUUCCAUCCGUAAUGUUGGGAUUUCUGCUGGAUCUUUAGCUGUGUGGGAAAGACAUGAGCUCUGGAUAUGGGUCUGUGUCUGGGCUCAGAGGUGACCGAGGAAGGAAAGAAGGCGAAGAUCCACAGCUCGCAGAUAGACAGAGAUCUGUACGAGUGCGCCAAGAGAGAGAUGAACGUAGUGAAGAUCCUCAUGCUGGGUGCUGCUGAAAGUGGGAAAAGCACACUGGUCAAACAGAUGAAGAUUAUCCACAGUCAUGGAUUCACCAAACAAGAGUUAGCCAGUUUUAAGCCUGCGGUGUUGGAUAACCUCCUGACCUCUAUGAAGUUUGUACUCCAUGGAAUGGGUGUCCUUCGCAUCAACCUCGCUAACAGCAAGAACAAGGUCCACGCUCACUCCGUUCUCUCGUGUGGCCGUUGUUUCGAUGAAGACCAGAUGCUGUUCCCGUUCAUAGGCCAUGCCCUCUGCUGUUUGUGGGCGGAUCAGGGGGUGCGGUCGGCAGCGGCGCGAGGAUACGAGUACGAGCUCAACGACUCGGCAUUAUAUUUUUUCGAGAACAUGGGCAGGGUCAUCGCUCCCAAUUACAUGCCGACAGAAACGGACAUUUUAAGAGUCCGACUAAGAACCACGGGAGUAAUCGAGACGCAGUUCAAAGUCAAACACCUAGUCUUCAGAUUGUAUGAUGUUGGAGGCCAGAGGACGGAGAGGAGGAAGUGGAUCAGCUGCUUUGAGGAUGUGAGGGCCGUGCUGUUCGUCGUGGCUCUGAGUGGAUACGACAUGACGCUAGUAGAAGAUCCAUCUAUGAAUCGACUGCAGGAGAGCCUCAAGCUGUUCUCGUCAAUCUGCAAUAACAUCUUCUUCAGAAGUACUUCUAUGAUAUUAUUCAUGAACAAGAUUGAUCUUUUCCAAGAGAAGAUUCUCCACUCCGGGCGUCAUCUGCGGCAUUACCUUCCCCAGUUCAGAGGAGCUGACUGUGACGUAGAUGCUGCCGCCCGGUUCAUCGCCGCAAUGUUUGUGUCUCUCAACACGACACCCAGCAAACUCAUCUACCACCACUUCACCACAGCGACCGACACCUCCAAUGUACAGGUAGUUUUCCAGGUCGUCAUGGACACCAUCCUCAAGGAGAAAACAUUUAAUACAUCUGAAAGUCUAGGCCUAUUGGUGCCCAAUUUCACUUGA